AUGCCGCCUGGCGGCACUGGUUUUGCAUUUUCUUGCACCGGCCAGAGAGCACAUUAUUUAUAUUCGUGCGUGACGUCAACCAUUCUCGACAACCGUCUCUCGUCUGUGUAUAGUAUGGCAACAUGGCCUGGGAUACCCACCCGCGAGGCCGGGAUCCCGUUUGGUUUCUACGAAACCACCGUGUCCCUCGCCGCCGCGGCGGACCCUUCAAUGAGAUACCCGCGCCUCCCGAUCUACAUGACCAUCACAGGAUGCGCCAUCAUAAUCUCCCUCCCACGAGUCGGUCUCUUCACGGAUGCUUUGAUAGGGAUUGGCCUAUUUUGCGUCGCCUGGUGGCUGCACGUAAACGUCGUUGCCAUCGUCCUCCUCUUGGCAGCCAUAGGCUGGGGGUGGUUGUACGCGAUCGUCGCACCAAUGACAGAGGAAUGGAUCAAUAAGAUGUAUGAGAGUAUGAGGAGUAUGAGGAGGGUCAUGUCAGCGUUGUAG